AUGGAAGAGACAAUAAAACCUGUUGAAUAUGUACGAAAGUUUAACAUAAACUUAUUAUCAUCAAUAUUUAAUAAAGUUCAAGGAACUAAAGGAAUAUGUUGUGAUUCAAUACAAGAAAAAGCGAUGCUUGCUACAAUGUCAUUUAAAGAAAUGACAACAACUUUUGAAUUAAAAGGUGGAAUUUCAUUGUAUAAGCCUUAUGCUCCUGCAGUGGAAUAUAUUUUUUAUUUUAUUUCAGAUGUUGAAGAAAGUUAUAAACUUCUUGAAAAACAUAUUCAAGCUCAAGAUUCUAACACUGAUUUAAAGAAUAUAUUUAUUUAUGUUGUUGCCAAUGGACUAUCUCCUUUGAAAAUGAGAUUAAAGAAUUUAGUAGAAAAUUUUAAAAAUAUUGAAAUAAAUGAAUUUCCUUCUUAUUGGAUUUGUUACGAUAACACAACUAUUUCAAUGUAUGAUUCUACAGUGCCAAAGCAGUUAUUAGUAUAUCAGAAACCAUCUGUUCUUCAUAAAUGUGCAAUUGCAUUACUUCAAAUAGAAAAUUUGACCGGUCAAAAAGUAGUAAUAAGAGCAAAAGGAGAAUGGUCAACAAAAAUAGCUGAAAUAAUGAUAAAUAAUAGAUUAUCUAAUACUAAGAAAAAAAAUGAUAAAACAUUAAAUGAAUUGGAUAUUAAGGAAAUUAUUAUUAUUGAUAGAUGGCUUGAUCCAAUUACACCAAUACUUAUGCCAAUGACUUUUGAUGCUUUAGUUAGUGAAUUUUUUGCUUCAGAUAUUAGUGGAAAUAUUUCAGUUGAUAGGGAAGAAUUUGAUAAACCAAAAGAAUCUAAUGAAUUAGAAAAUUCUGUUAAAAAAUUUAGACUUCUUGACGAAGUAUAUUCAGAAAUAGCAGAUACACACAUAUUAGCAAUAGGAAAACAAAUAAAACAACUAUCUGAAGAUGUUUUAUUAGAAGAAAAAAAGUUUAAAGAAUCAAUGAAAGUUAUACAAACAUGGAAAAUGAAAAUGCCAAAAUUAGAAAAAAUAGUUAAGAAAAAAGAAUUAUGCGCAAAAUAUCUAAGAUUAGCUGAAAUGGUAUUUGAUAGGAAGUACAAUGAUUUUAAUCAUGAGUUUUCAAUUCUUCAAAUGGAAAUUUUAAAUGGAUCAUUUGGUGGAGAUAAAGUAAUAUCAUUUAUAGAAGAUUCUUUAAUUAAUUGUGAAUGCUUAAAAAAAUGUUUACGCUUAAUAACUCUUCAGUCAUUAAUUAACAAUGGACUAAGGCAACAAGUUAUUAAUACUUAUAAAAGACUUAUAUUAAAUAACUAUGGAAUAGAAAAAUUACAAUUCUUUGUUAGACUUCAAGUAUGUAAUCUUAUAACAGAGAAGGAAGCAACACUACUUCUUACAAAACCAGCUACUUCUUCAAAAAUUCAUGCUAAAUAUCCAAGAGUUGAUUUUUAUAGUGCUAAAAAGAAAUAUAAACUUUUUCCUGAAAAUACAUAUGAUGAAACAUUAAGAAAAGAUUCAUCUUAUGCUUUUAACGGGUACUCCCCAUUGUUAUACAGAAUUAUUGAACAAGCUAUCAAUACAGAUUGGAAUGAUUGGAAUACGUUUACUGAUGAUGUUAAACAACAAGAUUUGAAAAUGCUAUACUCAUCAAAUAAAUUUUUGUUUGUUGUAGGUGGUAUUACAAAAUCUGAAAUUAGUCUUUUUAAAUCUUUUCUACCUAUUAUUUCAUUAAUUGGAGGUAGUAGUAUAAUUAACGGUAACUCUUUUAUGGAAGCAUUAGAAAAUACUUAA